AUGGCGGGCCGCGGCCGCCGCGCCUGGCUCAGCGUCCUGCUGGGGCUGGUGCUGGGCUUCGUGCUCGCAUCGCGCCUCGUCCUGCCCCGCGCCUCCGAGCUGGCGGCGGCGGCGCGGCCCCACCGAGCCCGCCCGCAGGGCUGCCGCCCGCCGCCCGCCGCCGCCGCCGCCGCCCCGCCGCGCCGCCCCGGCCCGCCGGCACAGAGCUUCCUCUUCGUGGGGGUCAUGACGGCGCAGAAGUACCUGCGGAGCCGCGCCGUGGCCGCGCACCGAACGUGGUCCAAAACCAUUCCUGGCAAGGUCGAAUUCUUCUCCAGCGAGGGUUCGGACACCUCUAUCCCCAUCCCCAUCGUGCCGCUUCCAGGCGUAGAUGACUCCUACCCGCCCCAGAAGAAAUCCUUCAUGAUGCUCAAAUACAUGCAUGACCACUACUUGGACAAAUACGAAUGGUUCAUGAGGGCUGACGACGACGUUUACAUCAAAGGGGACAAACUGGAGAACUUCCUCAGGAGCCUGAACAGCAGCGAGCCGCUGUUCCUGGGCCAGACCGGCCUCGGCACCACGGAGGAGAUGGGCAAGCUGGCGCUGGAGCCGGGGGAGAACUUCUGCAUGGGGGGCCCAGGGGUGAUCAUGAGCAGGGAGGUGCUGCGCAGGAUGGUGCCGCACAUCGGCGAGUGCCUGCGCGAGAUGUACACCACGCACGAGGACGUGGAGGUGGGACGCUGCGUGCGCAGGUUCGCGGGCGUGCAGUGCGUCUGGUCCUACGAGAUGCAGCAGCUGUUCUACGAGAAUUACGAGAAGAACAAGAAAGGCUACAUCCGUGACCUGAGGAACAGCAAGAUCCACCGAGCCAUAACGCUGCACCCCAACAAGAACCCCCCGUACCAGUACCGGCUGCACAGCUACAUGCUGAGCCGCAAGAUCGCCGAGCUGCGGCACCGCACCGUGCAGCUGCACCGCGAGAUCGUGCUCAUGAGCAAGUACAGCAACACCGAGAUCCACAAGGAGGACCUGCAGCUGGGCAUGCCGCCCUCCUUCAUGCGCUUCCAGCCCCGGCACCGCGAGGAGAUCCUGGAGUGGGAGUUCCUGACGGGGAAGUACCUGUACUCGGGCGCCGACGGGCAGCCGCCCCGCCGGGGCAUGGACUCGUCCCAGCGCGAGGCGUUGGAUGACAUCGUGAUGCAGGUGAUGGAAAUGAUCAACGCCAACGCCAAGACGCGGGGGAGGAUCAUUGAUUUCAAGGAGAUCCAGUACGGAUACCGCAGGGUGAACCCCAUGUACGGGGCAGAGUACGUGCUGGACCUGCUGCUGCUCUACAAGAAGCACAAGGGGAAGAAGAUGACGGUCCCCGUGAGGAGGCACGCGUACCUGCAGCAGACCUUCAGCAAGAUCCAGUUCAUGGAGCACGAAGAGAUGGACGCCAAAGAGCUGGCCAGCAAAAUCAACCAGGAUUCUGGCUCCUUGUCCUUCCUCUCCAACUCGCUGAAGAUGUUUGUCCCCUUCCAGCUCAGCAGGUCCAAAGCAGAAAGGAAGGAGCUCAAAGACAAGAAGAUCAACAUCCUGAUCCCUCUGUCCGGGCGCUUCGACAUGUUUGCGAGGUUCAUGGGGAAUUUUGAAAAGACGUGCCUCAUUCCAAACCAGAAUGUCAAGCUGGUGGUCCUGCUCUUCAACUCCAACUCCAACCCUGACAAGGUGAAGCAGAUCGAGCUGAUGAGAGAUUACCGCUCCAAGUACCCCAAGGCUGACAUGCAGGUUCUGCCGGUGUCGGGGGAGUUCUCAAGGGCGCUGGCUCUGGAAGUUGGAUCUUCUCAGUUCCAGAACGAGUCUUUACUUUUCUUCUGUGAUGUUGACUUAGUGUUUACCACAGAAUUCCUCCAGCGGUGUAGAGCCAACACAGUUUUGGGUCAGCAAGUAUAUUUUCCCAUAAUUUUUAGCCAGUAUGAUCCAAAGAUUGUUUAUAGUGGAAAGGUUCCUAGUGACAAUCAUUUUGCCUUCACUCAGAAAACAGGUUUCUGGAGGAACUAUGGCUUUGGUAUCACCUGCAUUUACAAAGCUGACCUUCUUCGAGCAGGUGGCUUCGAUGUCUCCAUCCAAGGUUGGGGCCUUGAAGACGUAGAUCUAUUUAACAAAGUCAUUCAAGCUGGCUUAAAAACUUUCAGAAGCCAAGAAAUUGGAGUAGUCCAUGUGCAUCACCCUGUUUUUUGUGACCCUAAUCUUGAUCCAAAACAAUAUAAAAUGUGCUUGGGGUCCAAAGCUUCAACGUAUGGGUCCACACAACAGCUGGCUGAAAUAUGGUUUGAAAAAAACGACCCAAAUUUUGGGAAAAGCAGCAAUACUAAUGGCUCAGUGAGGACAGCCUAAUGUCCAGCUAUGCUGGAAAAGACUUUUUUUUUAAUUAUCUAAUUUAUUUUUGGGAAAAUGUUUUUUGAUAAUUCACUUUUAAAAGACCACACAGGAUAUAUUUUAGAAAUCAUCGUUGUUUUCUUACAAAGCGCUCGUUUUGAGAAGAACAAGGCCCUUGGGUUUUUUUGUUGUUGUGCUUUUGGUUUUGAACAAAACUGUGAUCAAUAUUUGCCUUCAAACAAAAAAAAAAAAAAAAACCAAACAAACAAAAAAAAAGUUGUUUAAGAGUUAUCUGAUCAGCGGAAAUCUGACUUGAAUUAGAAUUUCCUUAUGAACAAAAGAUUGUUUCCUGCCGUUUCCGUUGCCGUCUUCACGGCUGGGAUUCUGUAAAUGUGGACCUGAGCGUGCAAAGCCAAGUGACAAAACGCUGUGUCUAAAUGUUUUUGGUGUGACUGCUACCGUGCAAAGAUUCUGCUCCUUUGGUUCAGGAUUAGCCAUUAAUUCUCAAAUUGCGUUAGAAAAUCCGAGUCGCUGUGGCGAUGAGCGAGGGUGGUAAAUCGCAGGAGGGGUUUUAUGUUUUUCCCUAAUAGCUGAUUAUUUCAGUUUAAAAACACACCUCCACUUGUGAUGGGCAGGCGAGGGAAGGAAGUAAGCACAAGCCGUGAUCCGGUCGGUCCUUGUGGGAAUUGUUGUGUUUGGGAUGUUGGGGGAAGAAGCCGUGGUGGGUUCUGUGCUCACAGAACAGAACAGGCUGGGCCGGGCACCAGGGGAUGCUGAGGAGCAGGGGAAGGGCUGGGGAUGGGAAUCUCUGGCAGCCAAAGGACAGCACACAGUGAACAAUCCAAAAUCCCUGAGGAGAACCUGCAGAGCUCCUCUGUCCCCGAUCGCGUCCGUUUCCUCCGGUCACCUGGUGUUAGUGGGAACAAUUAUUGCAUUGGAUUGCUAGUUUUGUUUUGGGAUUUUUUUUUUUUUCUGUAUCUGCUAGACCGUUAAUUUAUUUAAUAUCCAUUGUUUUAGGUUCUUGACCUUUCCUUGAAUAUCUGUUAGUCAUUUUAAUAUUUUAUAUAUAUAUAUAUGCGUGUGUAAAUAUAUAUAUAUAUAUUAGGAAUGUAUUGCAUCUUCUCACUGAUAAGGUAGUGUACAUCAUACUUACAGUAAAUGAUCUCCAAAGAUUACUUUCUAAAAUAUUUUUUCAUGGAUCUUUUUUUUUUCUCCCCCAAAUUUCUUCAACAUUUUUGGAAUGACUUCAGUGAGUUUAGGAAUUUUUUUGGUAUUCUAAGAGGAACUGGGGAUGAGGAGGCUGAAUACAAGGAAAGUGUGAUCCCUAUGAGUUAACACCUAGCAAGGUAAGAGAAAAUACACGAAAUAAAGUGCCUUAAAGCCAGAUAGGGAACCCUGUACACUGAGACUUAGUGACUGGACAUUGUCAUUGAAGCAGAUGAUCUCUUGGGACCUAUGUACCUGUAAAUAUCCUGCUCAGCAGAAACAGAAAAUAAAAACCAGCGAACAAUAUAUUUUUCUAUCGUAUCCUCCAGCCCCAUUUCAUCCCAUUGCCCUCAGUUCCACUUUGCCUGCUCUUUGGGAAGUGGAGGCAAGUGAAGGAAGGGAGAAAACCGAAGGCUUUGGUGGUUGUUGCCACGUUUGAAGGGAUCUUACAGUGCAAUUGGUAUUCCAGUAGAAGAAAUAACCAUUGUUUACACAUGUAUGGAGUAUGAACUGCAACUAGCAUAGAGUCUGUGUCUUACAAUGUUCAUCAUUUUCUGGUGACAGUCCCAAGGAUGUAGGUGCAUGGAAAAUUUUUCUUUUCCUCUCUUUUUUUUUUUUUCCUUUCUUUCUUUCUUUUUUUUUUUUAAGACUUGCUUCUAAGAUGCAAUAAAGAUUUUUUUAUUUGCAA